CGGACACCAUAAUCUACUGGUUUGAGCGAGCAGCGUCAUACGCAAUGCUACACCAUGUCUGAUCUUGCGCUUCGCUUGACUUACCGUCCUGAUUGGCGCCGCCCUCGAAAUGAAGAUUGGGUCAUCUCGCCGUUACGAUCUUUGCCAUACAAGCUACAAUAUAGGUUCCGCUCCGGAACGCCGCGCUCGUGGCCCGGUGACGGCACCACCAUUUUGUCUUCCUGAGGAGAAGUCUAGUGCCUUCAUGGUGCCCUCGCAGUCGUCGUAAAUGCAUCGGAAGACGUCCCA